CUUAGUCUAGUUGGCCAGGAGACGCCCGUAGCUCUGGGCCGGCCCCGAGUUGGGCAGGCCAAAAGUCUCGGAAUGAUAGAUCCGAUGGCACAGAUGGGCAUGGGCAACAUGCAAAAAGGCGGUAUGUUCUACCAGGGGGGCAUGUACCCGACCUACCAAACCAACACUUGGGGCUUCAAAGGAGCCAAAGGAGGCAAAGGAAAGGGCCGAGGAAAAGGGAAAGGGAAAAGCCAUUUUUCCGAUGAUGAUCCUCGGAGACAGAUCAUGAUGGCGCAGCGCCAAGCACAACAACGUGACAGAGCAGCCAUCAUUUCUGCGCAAAAAUCUGCGCAGCAACGAUUUGAAAAAGACCUUCUAGAUCGUGUUCAAGGCAAGUGGAAAGAUGAGGAAGAUGCCAGUAUCAGCUACCACGUCGAAGGUAGUGUUUGUUCAGUGUCAGGGCAGAGCAGCCGCACAUUUCGAAAUCGCCUGAGCGUCUACGGUGGAGAGCUCUGCUGGGAUGCCAAGCGGUUUUGGCAUUACCUCAACUUCAAUGCCUUGCCUCCUAUUGGCGAAGAAGUGGAGCGUGUUGAGUGGAACCCUGGACAGGGCUCUCCUCCCACCAAGCAGAUCAUUUGGAUCCGCUCCAAUGAGGAGGAUGUCGCGGAUGAGGCCGCUGAGGGAGAUGGCGUUUCGCCAGUUGAGGCGACCCAGGCUGUGGCUGAGGAGCCCGAAGCCUGAAUCUCAAAUCCCAAAUGCCAUCCAAGGCCAUCCAAGGCCAUCCAGGGCCCUGGCCUUGCCAACUUUUUGGCAAAUCUUUCGUCUUAUGUUCAACAGAUUAGUCAAGUAGCUUUGGAGCUUGCCAUUUUCAUCAAAGUUAUGGCGUCAGCAGAUCUACUGAGCGAGGCAAAUAUUGGUAAAUAGGAGUAAUUAUGGAUAUUGCAGUGGAGAGGUUGAAAAACAGCG